UCUCUCUCUCUUUCUCUGAAUCACUAUCUCUUCUUCGAGUUCAAUCACCACAAACUUACAAUCAAAUACACAAAAGAAAACAGUUAAGACCCAUUCAUCUGAAUCUGAAUCCAAAAUCUCUUUCAGUCUUGUAGAAGCACACAUUAUAUUAUAUAUUGAUGGAGGAGAAGUGGAAGCUGUCGAAGAAAGAGACAACAGCUUCUUCUUCUUCUUCUUCCUCUAAGUCAAUGUUUUCUAGAAGCUUCUCAACAAGUGCUUCAUCCACAAAGUCACCAAUAUUCGUAAGGAGUUCAUCUACUAAAUGCUCUAUCCCUUCUUCCUCCUCUUCAUCUUCUUCUUCAAUCUCAAGAAGCUUCUCAAGAAAAGAGAGAAGAUCUUCUUCUUCAUCAUCUUCUUCCAUCACUCAGAAAUACAGCAGCUUGGCUAAAGAACAGAAGGCAAGGUUUUACAUCAUGAGAAGGUGUGUGGCUAUGCUUGUUUGUUGGCAUAAACAUGGAGAUUCUUAACUAGAUCUUCUUCUUCUUCUUCUUCUUCUUUCUUCUUUUUUUUUUUGUUUCCUUGUAAUUAGAUCAGUUUGGUUAUUAAGGUUAUUGUUCUAUACAAGUACAUUGUAAGAAGAGAUUUUGUUCAAGUAUUAGGGUUUCUAUAUAUGCUUUCAAUUAUAUGACUUGCAUAUGCUACAUAUAUAUUACACAAAUCAUAGACAUGUGUGUAUAUAUGUAUCAUUGAUGCAAGUAUUUAU